ACUUCUCACAUUUCGGGUUCAGGGCUCGGAUUCGUUGGAACACAUUCUCUCGCUCGAGAUAAAGGCUAUGAUGUGGCUAGUUGGUUAUCUGAUCAAUGUCUUUUCGCCCCUGCCGGUCCUGAGUCAACUCUAAACGGAGAUCCAAAUACAGGAACCGAAGAGACCGAACCGGAUGGGACUGAAUCUGAACUGGGUCAAUGGACAGACUUUUUGCCCGACCUUUCCACUGAGUUCGCUCAAUUUCCCAGUUCGGAAACUGGGUUUCAAUUCGAUCCGGAUUCGGCGCUCACCAGCACGCUACCUCUUCUGGACAACGAGUCGGAGAACGCCCUGAAUAAUAAUCAGUAUUCACCCCAACGCCCGAGCUGUACCGACAGGACAAAUGUGGAUCAGUGGCUGCAGUCCAUCCAUACUAAUUUAUAUGAUUCCCCGUUUCGGUCUGUUACAUCACCCGGUAAACAGUCGACGGACUUCAUGGGCGUUCAGAAUUCCCAUCGACAAGAAUACACAUCAACCUCGAGUGUUGGAAAUAACGCCAAUCAGUCUUUUCCCUUGUUAUGUCCACAACUGGGGAAUCCAAUCUCCUCGUCCGGUGCCAGUUUGUCAUAUGACGAGGAGAUCACCGGUUCAGUCGCGUCAAUCACAUUCCUGAAUAGUUCAGAUCCCUCUCCCGUCUCGAUCAAUAUGCAUCACAUUCUCUCUCAGCUACGUAUCCCUCUGCCACGUCUACAAGGUACACUGCUGCAUCAUUUCGACAAGUUUGCCACAGCAAUUCGAGAAUCCAUGCUGAGCACCGACGAAUUUCUGUUGCUAUUCGAUACGGAAAGUCCUACUGCGGCAUUAGAGCCCGUCAAUGCUACCGGUGAUUCGCUUCAAUCCGCACAGACGUGUUGUUUUUUACCACUACAUGCCUCAUCUCCCAAUCCCGUUUGUUCGGAAAUAACGGCAGACUGUAAAGACGACAAUACCGCAGCCACGACUGGCGGCGAUUUCAUGAACAGGCCGUAUAUGGAACCCUGGACCAGUUGUUGUGUGGAUCAGUUGGACCGGCUACUGAGCGAACAGUUGGCCACUUGGCGUUUGGCCAAUUCUUCUCAGUCUGGCCCAGGUCGGGAUCGAAUCGGUCGAUUCAGUGCACAACAGCUAAUCGAAGCCCAACGCCUGUUGCCGGACGUUGUUGGACUCGGAGACAGGGCUACUAGUGAUACCGUCAUCCCCGAAUCCGUGGCACUUAGUGCGGUGAACAGUGCGGCUGCACUUGGCUACUCCGAACUUCUGCUAGGAAUGAUUCAAUGGUACGUGUUCUCUGUGAUGGAUGAACUAAAUCCGGAUUUCUUGUCAUCCACAACCAUGUCGAUCGAUCGACACAAGCCAGGAACGGCAUCUUUCGCCACACAUUGUGAAGACUUUCUAUCAUUUGGACCCAGUUACUAUGCUGGUUUCACCCUUAGCCCCAUUGGAUGGGCCAUACUGCACGGCCACAAGAAGACUGCUCGCUUGCUAGCUCUUUGGGAUCCCUCCGGGUUACAGCAACCAUGUUUCGUUUCCAAUCAGUCGGAAUCCAUAUCUUGGCUUCCCGAACAACUUGCUAUUGCGCUCAAUCUAACCGGACUCAGGGACUUCUUGCGUGAGUUGCGAAAGUCUGGUCCCACGUCGUCCAGUGUUACAGAUCGUUUGAAACAACUAAGAGACUACUCCAGCUCGCAACCGAUUCGGUCGUCAAACUUGAAUGACAAAGAGGUACCCUCGACUAAAAUCAGUUACGCAUCCUCAUCAUGUUGCCAAGAUCUUGGUACCUCGGCUUCGAUAUUCCUUCGUCGAGGCGUUUCUACUCUCCCGAUGAUUCAUUUGCCCUCAAAGGUCUCAACCGCUCGUAAUCCAGACGGUUACCAUCCGUCAAACAUAACGUGUGGGUAUCAUUUACAAAAGUUAUCUGCCCCAUCGUCACCGAAUACGCGACAUGUUCUGUGCGCAAAGCAACGUUGCACCUCGGCGCAAUUCAAUUCCGGACCUGGUUUCUCAAUGGAUCAAGAUCACAUGGACGACGAUGAAGAUGAGAAUGCAAACGAUAUGUCGUUUGAACCGAUUCGAGCUAACUCACCUUUGACCAAUCCGUCGGAUCCCAUACAGUCCGUACGAAGGACUCGGGUUAUCCGACCAAGUUCGCGAUUCUCACGUGACUCGGCCACUCCAUCCAGCAUACCCGGUUAUCCAUCUUCAUUCGAUGAAUUGAGCGGUGACCAGGACGAACUGGCUCAAGUUGGUCGAACCCGGGCAUGCUCAACCGGGUCUCGUCGCGCUCAGUGUUGCUCACACCUAUUCACACGACCGGUUUUCGCGGCCGCUCCGCUCUACACAAGUGUGACCAAUCUGGCCGAGGAUGAUGGGUCGCAACAGAUGAUUUGCCUUGCGGAUCGAAUAAUCGAGGCCAUGCCAAGCAGGAUUGUAAAUCUGCACAGAGAAGAAUUGUGUGAUUACUCUACCUCACGGGUAACUUCACCCCCCGGUCUGUCCGACUCCGCUUUGGGUAUGAGCGUCUGCGGUGCUGAAUCGAACGCGACCUGUCCCUCGACCGAUCCAUUGCUCAUACGCAGACAACAACCAAAUGGCCCUACACGCACCAUACUUGGUUCCUNGCGUGCGGGGAUAUCAGGCACAGGCUGUUCGUCCAAACAGACGCGUUAUGUCGCUUAUCGAGGUUUGACGUUCCCCAGUUCUUCGGCCAAAACCAGCCAUCGAGUAAAGACAGCGUUGCUCAGUUUUCAUCAGCCCUUAAAUCAGAUGAUGACUGGACCCAAUCGGGCCACAGUUCUGGUCGACACGGAUGAUGUCGAUAGUAUUCAAUCAAAUCCUCUGGAUGGUCCACGAUUUCGGGCAUCCAGCUCCUUUCUGGCCACCUCACCAAGUUCCGCAGGCUAUAUUUGUGAUGAAUCCAAUUGUGGGGGUAGUGUUGCUGCAGCCCAUACAUCUCUGACAGACUCCAAUGGAUGUCAAAUCGGGAACGGCCUAUGGCAAAGUGAUACAGAAUUUCCCAUUUGGAAUCGAUGCUCCAGUUCGUCGCACACGUUUAAUCUCGGUAGUCCUCCACCAUCAGCCGCAGAGAUUGCCGAGCAUUUUAAUGCGCCGACCACAUUCAUGGAAACGGAUUUCAGCCGGCUGACCCUGUCAGACUUGGAGCAGAAGCGCCUGUAUGAGGCGGCAAAGAUCAUUCAAAAAUGCUAUCGCGCCUACAAAAGAAACAAAGAAUCUCCGCAGCAUCAUCGCCAUCCUCUUCAUUCUCAUCAUCAUCAUCAUCUUGUGGAAUCAGCACAUGCCCAGUUGCGGUCGGAUGCAACUUGUACGGACCUUACACAGAACCGAGUGAAUAUCCCAGACACGUCGACGGGACUGGCAAACAGUGUGGUUACCGGUCCACUGGUUAGUGAAGUGACCAUGAACACGGUCUCACCCGAAAGAGCAGUAAUCGAGGACAGUUGGGACCAUUUAGUAUAUGCACCUGUUGAUGACCAGAGUGUCGGACUCGAACUGGAAGUUGAAACGACACCAUCUAGUCCUUUAGGCUCAGUUCAAGCGCCGUCGGAUCCCCACAAUAUUUCCGGUCAUGACGUAGGCUCGGGCUUAGGGACCACCGGA